AUGUUAGAAAUAUCAUCGCAACCACUCGACAGAACAGAAAGUGCUCCAAAAAUAAUAAAGAAACUCCCGCAAAUUACGUCUACAAAAACUGGUGAAUUAACUAGAUUGGAGGUAAAAGUUAAAGGAAAACCUAAACCAAAAAUUAAAUGGUAUAAACAAGAAUUAGAGAUUCAUUCGUCUACGGAAUUUGAAAUUGAAGAAUUUAAAGAUGGAACAUCUAUUCUCACUAUUACUGAAACAUAUCCCGAUGAUUCUGGCGAGAUUGUAUUUGAGGCUCAUAAUUCGUUAGGAGUAGCAACUACAACUACUUAUUUAUCUGUAGGAGGUAUUGUGGGAACAAAAGAAUAUCGGAAACCGGAAUGGGUUACACAAAUGGAAGAAAUGCAGGAAGCUCUUCGAGCAACUCAGUCAAUACCUCGCUUCAUUCAAGAAUUUACAGAUACUUAUGCUCAAGAAGGAGAAUCUGUUGUAUUUGAAUGCAUAUAUUCUGGUAACCCAGUACCAGGUAUAAUAUUAAGAUAA